CCACCAUCGAGCAAAAUAAACAGCUAGCCUACAUUUAAAAGUCCUACACUAGCAAAAUGGCCUCAGCCCAAUGCUGUAAACCAGUUGAGAAAACAUGCAGUCAAGGGCAGCAGCAAAACCACUCACUAGGACAAAAGGUGUCUGAAAUGGUUGGCUCUGUCUUCAAGAAAGAUCAGACUCAUUGCUCUGGCCAAACUACCAUUUCUAGUGGCACUAACAAUGGCCAUGGCAAAGCCAAGAAUCACACCACGUGCAAUAGGCAAGAAGGUCAAGGCCAUGCCCAUGAACUGUCUGGAACUGCUACUUGUGAUACAAACUGCAACAGAAAGACCAGGAGGCACAAUGGAGAGCACAAGAGGAGGGGUCUGCUGCAGAAGAUCAAAGAUGGCAUUUCUGGCAAUAGUGACAGUGACAGCAGCUGCAGCGAGAGCGACAGUGACGAUGAGAAGUGUGGAAGGAAGAAGAAUUAAGAAGUGGAGCUACAGGCUAUAUAUAUAUAUAUAUGGUGUGGCAUGAUCAAAUCAGAAGAAUAAUUGUCUCUCCUAUACUAAAUAAAAUAAUGGAAAAUAAGAUGGUAUGCCAAUGGGGCGUGCAUCUGCUCUAAUAUCACUACCAAGAAUUACUGCACGUACCUCAUUGUAUCUUAUUUAUGAGUAAAUAAAACUUCUAAUUAUUUAUAAGUA